AUGAACUCCGAUUGUAAUACGAACGUGCUAAGUAAACUAGCAGAUAAGACACCAUUAUUCCAUUUACAAAAUGAUGUGAAUAGAUCAGCUGGCACUAUUCGUCAAAUUAAAGACAUACAAUAUGCUAAUCACUUUCCAGAAAAUUUACUUGGUCCCAGUUCUUCUUCUUCUUUCGCUUUACAAAACAAUGUAAUAGUGGGGAGUACGUUACAAGAUAUACCUUUGGACCAGUCACAGUGGGGAGAUGAGUUCCUUUAUGAACAGACAUCUUUCUCAAAUGGAGGAGUUCCCAACCUAACUCAACUGUCUUCACAACCUCCAACUAAUCAACAACAACAUUUGGAAAUAAAUUCUAUGAGGUUCGGAGAUAAUAACGUUUCCGCGGCAUCAGCGCUUCGUCCAGCCGCACCUCGAAAUUAUACUACUAGUACGACAACUAAUCUAAAAUAUCAAACUUAUGAUUAUUAUAAUAUCGAAGAUGAGUUACAACAACAACAGAAACAGAUGCAAAUGGAGCCUCGAAGUAUGACAUAUCCUUCAGGUGCUUUGCAAGAUGAGUUUGAUGAAUUGGAGAAAGAAUUGGCAGACUUAGAUUUGGAUUCAGUCAUGACCACAACAACUCCAGAGUCCCUACAGAAUAAUCUUCUUAACGAAAGACAACUCUUUAGAGAAACAGCAACUGAGUUAUAUACCUUAACUUCUGACUGUGCUGGAUCUUUUUCUCAAGAAGCACAAUCGAAGAUAGUUAACUCAAAAUUUAUGAACAUGAUGAAAUUAAUAAGUAGUGGGUCUGUAAAUUUAAACAAUACUCAAACAGAAUUAUGUUCAAUGACAACUAAUGAGCCAAUGGGUAACAAAUAUAUAAAUAUUUCCGAAAAUAUAUAUAAUUGA